CGCACAGAUUCCUGGCCACUAAAUAAUACGAAAUGUGGAACGAAGAUAUAAAUGUUUUCCGUAAUGGCCAUGUUCCGAAGGAAACGGCAACAAAAGUUAAUCGCGCGAACCUUCCUCGUCGAGCACGGAAUUUCAGCAAAGAACAGCUUCAGAAGGCGCUGCGCAAGAAAAAAGAAUGCAACGCAAAAGCGCAGCAUAUCGUGGAGACUCUGAUUGAGGCGGGACGAUCGGAGGAAGAGUUUCUCACGAUGCUAAGAGAUAUCAACCAGUGCCACAUGGAAGACAUCAUUCAGGAGCGGGCCAUAGUGAAACUUUGCGGUUACCCCUUGUGCGAUACCGAGUUGAAAAACAUUCCGAAACAGCAGUACGCGAUUUCUGGGACCCGCAAUAAGGUGUUCGACAUCACGGAGCGAAAAAACUUUUGUUCCGGUCAAUGCUAUAAGGCUUCAAACUUCGUUAAACAACAAAUGUUAACCAGCCCUCUUUGGAUGCGAAAGCAUGAAGAUGUUCCGAGCUUCAGGCUACUGAACGGACGGCAGCAGGUGUACCGGGAGACGGAUGUUAAGGCGCCCCUUGCCAUAGGAGAAGUCUGUUUCGGAGAGUUGAAGAUCGUGGAGCGAACGUACAGCGGUAACCCGGAACAACGGGAGGAAAAGCUUUCGGAAGAACCCGAAAGAGAGAUUGAACGAGAUUAUUCCAACCAAACGGCACGCUCUAGUACCGUUGGCGGGCUACUAUCAACUGAUCUUUCCCUCGCCACCGCAAGUGAUUUGAGGAAAUUAAUGCAUGAAAUGACUAUUUGAAUAAAACU